CGUUUGUCCUGUGCCGGCGCCGUGUCCCGCGCGAGCACCGCUGCUGCCGUCCUCCGCGCACUCGUUCGCACCACCCAAACUAACACUCGCAGUGUAAUACGGGGAAAAAAACAGUUCUUUGUGUCCGUGUGCUACGCCUGAAAGGCGAAAAAUUCGACUUUGCCGUGUUGUUUCGACCUUUGUGUUCCAACAAGACCAGCAGAACAGGCGAGGCAUCGAGAAAGAUGAGGCCGGUGCGAGUUGAAAAGCGGUGGCGGGUGCGGCCAGGCACGUCAACCUUUUGAGCCGUCGCGUGACUUCCGAUCCAAUUACCUCUCCGAUUAUAAUGUCCAGCGGUGAUGCUGCAGAUACAUCGGAUCAGCAGGCGGAGUUGGGCAGCGGCCUCAGCCCGGAAGACCUAGAGGCGCUGAAGAACCAUCCGGAGUUGCUGUGUCUGCAGGAGGGUCUGCUGCAGGAGCCGCUCUUCGAGGCGAGUCUCUUUUGCCGCAGCAGCUGGGACACGGUGCUGUGCUGGCCAAACACCGCCGCCGGACACCUCGCCUCCCAGCCCUGCUUCGAGGAGCUCAACGGCGUCAAAUACGACACUUCACAAAACGCCACGAAGCUGUGCCAGGUGGACGGAACGUGGGCGAAUUACAGCAACUACACCCUGUGCCGUGACCUUUCGACCCCGCCACCAAUAGAGGCCAGCGUCGAGGUCACCACCAGCAUUUACUACGCCGGAUACACGCUCUCCCUCGCCGCCCUUGGCGCCGCCGUCGCUAUUUUCCUCUAUUUCAAGGAUUUGCGAUGCCUGCGCAACACGAUCCACACGAAUCUGAUGCUGAGCUACAUCCUAGCCGAUUUCAUGUGGAUCCUGACCAUCACCAUGCAGAUGUCCCUGCAGUCGGAGCCGGCGUCGUGCGUGGCCUUGGUCAUCCUGCUGCACUACUGCCAACUGACCAACUUCUUCUGGAUGUUUGUCGAAGGGCUGUACUUACACGUUUUGGUGGUGGAAACUUUCACGGUGGAGAACAUCAGACUGCGCGUUUACGUCUGCAUCGGAUGGGGCACCCCGAUGCUGAUAGUCCUGAUUUGGGCUCUAGUCAAGACAUUCGCCACGACGUCGCCGUCCGACAUGCAGGGCGGCGCCGCGGGCCCGAUGGUGGACAUCGUGCAGCACUGUCCGUGGAUGGCGCCGCACAACUACGACUGGAUCUACCAGGGACCCGCCGUCGCCGUCCUCUGCGUCAACGUCAUCUUUUUGUCCAUGAUCAUGUGGGUGCUGAUCACGAAACUGCGCUCGGCCAACUCUGUGGAGACGCAGCAGUACCGCAAAGCGACCAAGGCGCUGGUGGUGCUCAUCCCGCUGCUCGGAGUCACUUACAUCCUCAUGAUCGCCGGACCCAGCGAGGGGCUCUCGGCCGCCAUCUACGCCUACGUCAGGGCCAUCAUGCUCUCCACCCAGGGCUUCACCGUGUCCCUGUUCUACUGCUUCCUGAACACGGAGGUGCAGAACACCCUGAGGCACCACUGGCAGCGCUGGCAGACGGCCAGGUCGAUCAACGGCACAGGAGCCGCUCGGAGGUACUUCAGCAAAGAUUGGUCCCCAAAGUCCCGCACGGAAAGCAUCCGUCUGUACCACCAGCCGACCAGCGGGCGCGGCAGCCGCUACCACAAGAGGGAGAGCUGUGCCAGCGACGUCACCAUGACCACCUUCGUCUGCAACCUCAACAACGGACAGCCAGGACAGUUGCGCGUCUCGCCAGGGACGGCCACCAAUGGGAGCAAUCCGGCAUCCUCCAACGCAUUGCUAGUGAGAACAUCGCCCAGGACAGUGGGUCAUGACACCUCUCUCAAUGCAGCCUCUUACUUCUCCCAUGAAAACGCGGUUUAAAAUAUUUAGUCCAGUUGACGGUAAAAAAUACUCAAGGCCAAAGAUUGGAAUGAUCUCGACAGCACAGAUCUCUUUUAAGACGGGCGAGAAACGAAGCAGCGUGUUGCCAAAUAUAAAAAAUAAGCCAGCAGAUAACUUACUACAUGUUCUCCUCCUCUAUCUUCUCUCAGUCGGAGCAAGAAACUCUCACUUUCGUUCCAAUUGUAAAUCUACGUGCAUUUCAAGAUGUGUUUUAUUGCAUAUCAAUAAGUCGGAACCGCGCAGAAUUAAAACUAAUAAAUGUAGAGAGCGUUGAAUAAAAUGUAAAUCUAUAUAAUUAUUGAUUUAGAGCUGUGAGCUCGACUCUCUCUCUAAUUUAUUAUUGCGUUUCUUUGGCAAAUUCGCUUAACCACUACAAAAAAUGGGGGAAGUUGUACGCUUUGAACCCUCCAUUCAAAACACACGCUAUUCCGCAUCAAAACCAUUGACAAAAAAUAUAAAUAAUGAAUCUAUUUUUGUUUUCUCGCCUUUCUUUCAUUGCUCAACACACAACAAGUAUUAAGAAAAGUCUCACAAAACACAAUGCAGGAAUUCAGUAUGUGUGUGCGUGGAUUAAUAUUGAAUGUCGUCGAUCCGAAUACAAAUUUCAUGUUUGCGUGCUUGCGUGGAUAAACAUAGGAUUAAUAAUAAUUCUUAAACAUACAUACAUAUAUAUAUCAAUGUACAAAACUCAUUGAUGGAGGCCAAAAAUUUAUUUUUUCUUUUCCGAGAAUUAAAUUAUUAUAACCAACAAUUCUCCUUCUCAGUGUGUGAUAUAAAAAAAUAAAAAUAAGAGAUGGGAUUUUAACCUCGAUGCUUUUAAAAUAAUAAAUAAACUGCUGCUCACAGCAUUUUUUGACGUGUCUCUCUCUCUCUUUCUCACUCACUUUCUCCGUGUUAUAUCUGUUUUUACUGCCAACGGAGCGACAAAAAGCUAUUCAAUCAGGGUAAUAAAGUUCCAACUGCGUGAAAUAAUUAUUAUUACUCACACUCAAGUAGCAGGAAAAUGGAUUUGUGUAUUUUUGAACUGCUGCUGCUGCUACGAAUUUCAGGAUGAUGUAAAUAACUGUGUACAUUUUGUGUUGAAUCAUAUGUAUAAUGAUGUUUAUAUGUACAAUGGCAAAUAAAAAUUUUAAAUCUUUGUUUCAAA